AUGUGUUCACUCGCCAGAGAUCAGCACCUUGUCUCCACUUGCCAAAAGCUCAGCCUCGUCAAUUAUCGCUGCAAAAGCUUGUCUGAAAGAGCAGGAUCAAAUUACGAUCAGUUGAAGUCACAGAGAUGUCCGAACUCUCAAAUGGUCACACGAGUCAUGAAAAAGUAUCCACGACAGGAGAAAGACAAGGAGCGAGGAGAAGCAAAUAUGCAACAAAUCGGUGACAUCAAGAGACAAAAUAUGGAUCCUCUCCCGGCUCCAUUAUUCAACCCCAAAGAAAUCUCGCAAAUUUGUAAGCGAUCCACUGACAAAGAUGAUCUCACUUGUAUUCCUGGAUUUAUUCCUUUUGAAGCAAAAUAUGUUAUCUCUCAAAGAUACAAAAUAGCGACUUGUGUCAUCCAGAAAUCGAUGUCGACCGCGAUGAGGGGAAUCAUGUGCUAUCUCUUCAAUGAGACGAGAUUCAAAGAUGCUGGGAGGCAAAUCUUGAAAGAAUGUCACGAUGUUAGGUUUUGUGCCUACAAAAACGAGUACACAUCAAUCACCCAGAUACGAACGAAAUUCAAAUUGAAGCCGGAUGACUGGCGGCUAUUGAUGAUUUCGAGAGAUCCGGUGGAUCGAUUUUUAAGUGGUUUUCUCGACAAAUGUAUUAGAAAACCGCAGGGCGCUGGUUUUUGCAACGGAUGCCAUCGAAAUAUGACUUGUUUUCUCAUCACCGAAUACAAUCGAAUCAAGCGACAAAUCAGGGCAAAUAAAUUCCCGAGGACGUUCGAUGAUCGACAUUUCUUCCCGCAAACUUGGCGUUGCGAUUUGGACAAAGAACGCCAUCGCUACAAUGUUCUCCGUUAUUCAUCCGAUGCAUCGGGCAGCUUUCUCAAUGAGCUCUUGGCACAGCUAAAAGCACAAAAGAUUCCAGAUGAGACUCUCAAAUUUAUAAGGGAUCAACUCUCGGAGGGACGAACGGUUCACAGUACGGUCGAUUCCGAUGCAAGAAAAUUCCUCGAAAAACGGCUUCGCGGGAGCCCAUUUCUGAUGGAAUACAUCAUAUAUCCGAACUCUCAAAUGACCACACGAUUCAUGAAAAAGUAUCCACGACAGGAGAAAGACAAGGAGCGAGGAGAAGCAAAUAUGCAACAAAUCGGUGACAUCAAGAGACAAAAUAUGGAUCCUCUCCCGGCUCCAUCAUUCAACCCCAAAGAAAUCUCGCAAAUUUGCAAGCGAUCCGCUGACAAAGAAGAUCUCACUUGUAUUCCUGGAUUUAUUCCUUUUGAAGCAAAAUAUGUUAUCUCUCCAAGAUACAAAAUGGCGACAUGUCGCAUCCAGAAAUCGAUGUCGACCGCGAUGAGGGGAGUCAUGUGCUAUCUCUUCAAUGAGAAGAGAUUCAAAGAUGCUGGGAGGCAAAUCUUGAAAGAAUGUUACGAUGUUAGGUUUUGUGCCAACAAAAACGAGUACACAUCAAUCACCCAGAUACGAACAAAAUUCAAAUUGAAGCCGGAUGACUGGCGGCUAUUGAUGAUUUCGAGAGAUCCGGUGGAUCGAUUUUUAAGUGGUUUUCUCGACAAAUGUAUUAGACAACCGCAUGGCGCUGGUUUUUGCAACGGAUGCCGUCGAAAUAUGACUUGUUUCCUUAUCACCGAAUACGAUCGAAUCAAGCGACAAAUCAGGGUGAACGAAUUCCCGAGCACAUUCGAUGAUCGACAUUUCUUCCCACAAACUUGGCGUUGUAAUUUAAACAAAGAACGCCAUCGCUACAAUGUUCUCCGUUAUUCAUCCGAUGCAUCGGGCAGCUUUCUCAAUGAGCUCUUGGCACAGCUAAAAGCACAAAAGAUUCCAGAUGAGACUCUCAAAUUUAUAAGGGAUCAACUCUCGGAGGGACGAACGGUUCACAGUACGGUCGAUUCCGAUGCAAGAAAAUUCCUUGAAAAACGGCUUCGCGGGAGCCCAUUUCUGAUGGAAUACAUCGUGCGAAUGUUUUACACCGAUUUUCAAUAUUUUAACUACUCAUUGCCAAGCGGAUUUCUC